AAUUUAACUUACAUUCUUACACAACUAGACAACUGGCUCUUAAAUUGUACCAAAUGUUGUACGUUUUCUUUGAUACAUGGGCCAUCGUCCUCUUCUUUUCUGAGACAAGUGCACGUUAAUGCACAUUUUCCUUGUCAAAAUUUUAUUUUGGUCCUAACCUAAGCUGCACCCCUUAGUCUCGCAGUCUCGUCUCAAGCAAGCUAUCAAUCGUUCUCCCAAGCUACAAGCUACUUCUGGCGAUUCAACUUAAUUUUGUUGACGAGAGGCCAAAGAUAUCAGGCACUUUCGGUCUUUCGUCAUUUUUUUUUAAAAAUCGUGUGUGCUUCGUUUAUAAAAUCCCAUCUCUCCGAGGGCAUCUUCGGUCUAUUUUGUUAGCGGCAGGAGAAGGUUAUGGGCGGAAUGAUACGCUUGCCACUGAAAGUAGACCUACUAUAACAAAAAUAAUGGUCUUCAGUCCACAACAAUCUUAAAUUUGUUUAAUAUGUGUAUUAGGACACAAUGAAUAAAACACCCCAGUGGUUUAGGAAACCCUGCUUCAGUGCAGCACUGAGCUCUUUGUGAUGGGUUAAAGAAGAUGUCAACAUAGUCUCUGUUUGUUUUUUGCGGCUACUAGGGUUAUGUUUACAUCCUUUGACAUUUUCAAUUCUUAACAUGGAGUCUGUACAGCUCCUUGCCGAUUCAUCUGAGGUUUUAGGAGGGCAUGUGCUUUCUCUCCAAAAUGGAGAUGUCCUGAGAGAUAGUGGAAUUUUAUUUACUCAAGAUGGGUUAUCAUCGAACAUCAUAACAGCAGAUGCAUCAAAUGAAGAAGUCCAGAGUUUUAUGUCGUUACCAGUUCAUGUUCUGCAAGACAACUCCUUUGUCGGUCCAGUGUUAGUAAAAAAUGCAGCUGGAGAAACGUUUCUCAUUGACCCAAGACAGUGUAGCGUGAUUGGGAAUGCAACUGAUGAAGCUCAACCUCAAUACAUCCUAGCUCCGAGCACUGAACUAGUCGAUGCUGAUCAAGCAUCAACAUCAGGAAUCAUGGGGCUCGACAUGGACUUUUCUUACAUUACAAAUGUUGGGAAUGUGGUACUGGGUGAAAAUGCUGCUGUGCCUGAGAACAACAUGGAUGUUAACUCAUCAACUAUUUUACAAUUAGGCAGUGAAGUCCUUCAAGGGGCAAACAAACUACUUCCUGAAGGAAUGUGUAUUGAUAUGUCUCAAUUAAGCAUUGUAACUCCCAAUGGUAUUGUGUCAUAUGUGACAUCCACUGAUGAUGGUAUACUUUCUGUAGACACAGAAACUGAACAUGCUAUGCCAGAGCCCAGUAGAGGUGAAGAAGUGGAUAUGAAAGAUCUUGUUCUUCACACUGAGGAUGAGAUCGGAUUUGAUGAUUCAGAACAAAUAGACCAAGAAAUUUCUCCCUCUGUACGUGCCAAGAGAGGACGAGGAAGACCCAGGAAAAGUGACCCCCAACAGGAUGAUGUAAUGGAUCCUCCAGUAGGAAAGCCUCCUUAUAAAUGUGACACAUGCGGAUAUGAAGCAGUUCUUUGGGGAAGACUUAAAAGGCACAAAGAAAGUCACAAAAAUGAAAAACCACACCGUUGUAAAGAAUGUGGUGCGUCAUACAAUGUUGAAAUAAAUUUAACUUUGCACAUGGCUACACACAGUCAAGGUGAACUGAAGUGCCCAGAAUGCCAGAGGGCUUUCUCCAGAGUAGCCAGCCUAAGAUCACACCUCAUGAUGCAUGAACGGGAAGAUAACCUUUUCUGUACUGAGUGUGGAGAUGAGUUUGCUUUGCAGUAUCAGCUUGAUAGUCAUGUAAUGGAGCAUCAAGAUGAAUGGGUUGCCAAAAACUUAGAAAGGGUUUAUGAGUGUGUAAAGUGUCAACGUCAGUUCUCUCGAGCAUCUGCCCUGAAAGAACACAUGCGUGAACAUGUCAAGGUAAAGCACUCCUUAGUCAGAAGAAAACAUGACCGUUCUCAAGAUCGCUCGGAUUUCUCUCACAAGUGUCCUACUUGUGCUAAAGUCUUCCAGAAGCCCAGCCAACUUGUCCGACACAUGCGUAUACACACGGGAGAGCGACCUUACCCGUGUGAUAUUUGUGGGAAAGCUUUCAGUCAAAAGGGCUCCCUUCAAAUACACAUGACGAAGCACAAUGGAGACAAACCUUAUCAAUGUGACUUCUGCAGUGCGAGAUUUAGCCAGAAAGGCAACCUGAGGGCUCAUAUUCAGAGAGUACACUCAAUUCCACAACAGGGCACUGUAACUUAUCAAUGUACUGAGUGCCCAUGUAUGUUCCGAAAAUUAGGAAGUUUAAAUUCUCACAUGGGUCGUGCUCAUAAUCAUCAAGGAGACACUACACAGCCAUUGAAAAACAAUGCUCUGAGCUCUGAACAAAUGAUGCAAGUAAAUGUUAACCAAAUUAUGGCACAACUGGCUGCCCUAGAAAAGGCCACAUCUAGUGGAGCACCCACAAAUCCAGGUGUGUCAAGUGACCCUAAGGAGCAACAGUCUCAGCAUGUCAAUUUUAAUAACUCUCAAAAUGCUGAAAAUUCCGUGGUAACUUCAGACAUUAGCUCAUCAACCACAGCAGAUGCUGGCACCAAAGAUAUUCUUCAACAAGCUAUUAGCAAAAGCGGGUUGGAAGGGAAGUCUGAAACAGAACCUGUUGUUGGUAAGGAGAAAACUACACCCAGUACUGGUUUCAUAACUUUGGCUGAUAAGUCCCUUGAUGGGACAGUAAGGCGAUACACUAUACGUCAAAGAAGAGUGGCAGGUGUGCGAUGGCAUCAGUGUUCAUACUGCUGCAAAGAAUUCAAAAAGCCAUCUGAUCUUGUUCGACAUAUUCGAGUUCAUACACAUGAAAAACCAUACAAAUGCUCUCAUUGUUUCCAAGCGUUUUCUGUUAAAUCUACUUUAACAGCUCACAUUCGCACUCAUGGUGGUCUGAAAAACUACUCAUGUGCCGAAUGCAAUGCAAAAUUCUCUUCGGGUAGCAGCCUCAAAGUUCACAUGCGACUGCACAAUGGGGAGAGGCCAUUUUCUUGCAAUGUAUGCAACCGUACUUUCCGCACCUCUGGCCACAGACAGACCCAUUCUCUCACUCAUUGUGCCUCUGAUGCAACAGUGUCUCCCAAGAAGAAGAGAAAAAGAAAGCUUAGGAAACAGGAACUGCAGCCAGGGGAGAGCCUCCCAGAUGUUUUGUUGGAGGAGCCAAUUGUCAUUACAGAGACAGGCUCAGUACAAGAAGAUGUUUCAAAGCCAAGUAAACCACCUGCCCCCAAAGCUUUCAGCUGUGACACAUGCUCCGCAGCUUUCCGCAAACGUAGUCAUCUUAAUGUCCAUCUUAGAAGCCAUACUGGCGAACGACCUUUCCAAUGCCAUAUUUGCAACAGGAGCUUUGUUUCAAGUGGUGUGUUGAAGUCCCAUGUUUUAACACAUGAAGCUGUGAAGCCUUUCAAGUGUGAUAUUUGUUCUGGAACAUUUUCCACUCAAGCAAGUCUUAAGCGGCACCUCAUCAUACACAAUACCAACAAGCCCUUCAUGUGCCCCUACUGCCAUAAAACUUUCAAAAAUAGACUUAAUUGUAAAAAACACAUAAAGAAUCAUAAAAUAGAAGUUGCCAGAGCUGUUGCACAACAAACAAAUGAAAUGCAGGAACAACAAUUUGUUGUGGCCGUUGGAGAUGGUUAUGACGGAGGAGAAAUAAUUGUUCCCAGCUGUCAGGCAUUUUCAAGUAAUGCUCUUGGUGCUGAUGGUAGUCUUGGUGAAACAGUUCCAGUGGGGGACAAACUUCUCCAUACUGGAAGUGUUAUUACUCACACCCUACUGGCUGAUGCUUCUGGAACCAUAACAUUGCCUGCUUCUUUGACUCAGGAAAAUAUCCGUGAGAUAGAGGAUACUCUGAACCAACAGCUGUCAUCUGUGGGUGGUAACACAGUACUUAUCAAUGCGUCAGAGCAAGCUGGUAUUUCUCUUGGUGCUUUGUCGGCUGAAACAGCUGUCCAAGGGACAAGUGUCAUCGAUUUUGCUGAUGCCUCGGAAGCUGCUCAUGCUGAAGAUGUUGCUGCUGCUGCUAAUCUGGCAGCGAGUGAAGCCCCUCCAGAUUCUGGCUUAAACAAUGACCCCAAGGACUCAAACUUAGCUCAGGAAUCAUCUGAUUUGAACUCAGCUAUAUUUGGACAGCCAUUUGACCAACAAGCCUAUGACUCGUGUACAUUCCCUGCUAUCACAUUACAGGGUGACCAGUUAAAUCUUGGGGGUAUUGAUCAAGGAGCCACAUUGUCAGCAAACAUGGAGGCCAUUUUGCCACAGUCAAGGGGCAAUGAGCGUAGAAGGAACGCACAGGAUGAGAAUGCUGAUAAUUCUGAAGCUCAUGAUGAUAUGACAGACAUAGGCGAACUUUGUCUGCAUGAUGUGGAGGUGCACAGUAUGACCAAUGAACAGUUAGUAGAACCAGAACCUGUUCAAGAAACUAGUCCUGCCUUACCAACAUGUGAAACUUGUAAUAAAAGUUUUAAAAGACUUUCCCAACUCAAGUUACAUAUGAGAUCUGUUCAUCAAGCCAGUCCAAAGCCUAAUAUGUGCUCUCAUUGUGACCGAAGCUUUAGCUCAGUGAAUGCUUUACGGUUACAUGCUCGAAUACACAAUGAAGAUAAACAACAUGCCUGUGAGCAUUGUUCUUUGACUUUUUCAACAAUGGCCUCUCUGACCAGGCAUAUGACUGUUCACACCGAUGCUAAGCCUUAUUCAUGUGCCAAGUGUUCUGCAACUUUCCGUACUCAGAUGCAACUUCGUAAACAUGCCAAAAGUCAUGAUUCCAGCUCUUCAAGGCGCCAAAGAACUGGAAGGAAAUUUCCAGCCAUUAUCUUUUCAGAAGAGCAGACAACUGCCUUGGCUACUCAGGAUGCUGAAACGGCUGGUACUGUUUCUGAACAAAUGCUCAUUGCUUCGGCAAUAGAAACUGUAGAAAUGAGUAAAAUAGCCAACAAUGAGGGCUCUAAGAAGUUUGAUCCAGAGACAGUAUUUGCAAAUAAAUGCAAAUAUUGCCCCAAAAGUUUUCGGAAGCCAUCCGACUUGGUGCGCCACGUUCGUAUUCACACGGGAGAGCGACCGUUUCGUUGUGAUUACUGCUACAGAUCAUUUACUGUGAAAUCAACUCUUAUAUCACAUCAAAAGACUCACAUGGCUGACAUGCCAAAAAAGUUCCCGUGCCAUGUAUGUAACCUCAGGUUUUCAACCAAGGGUAGCUUAAAAGUCCACAUUCGAUUGCAUACAGGUUACAAGCCAUUCAAGUGUCAUCUAUGCAGUGCAAGAUUUAGGACUUCCGGCCACCGCAAAGCUCACAUUCAAACUCACAUUAAUGGGUCCACUGGUGCACGUGGUCGCAAAAAUCAACAGGUUCUACCGAUUCCUGAAGAAGAACCAAACAAUGAAGGAGAGCAGAUGCUUGAAGGAAAUCCUACUGAAGUUCAUCAGAUAAUCACUGAGGAUGGAUCAGUUUUGGAAGUUGACACUGCAGCUUUACUUGCGGCCGGUGCCACACUUGAUGGAACCUCAUUGCAGUUUCAAAUUAAUGAUGAGAUACUUCAACAAUUACAGCUUCAAAAUGGAGGAAAUGUUGUUAUUCAAGAAAAUGGUACUGUUGAGUUUGUGACCAAUGGAGAGGAUGUCAAUGCCAAUGAGGAGAUCAUUGCUUCUCAAAUUAAUAUGGCAAAUCAAGAAUUGCCAUCAUUGUUACCAACUAUUGAAGAAAUGGAUGUGGUUCAACACGAGGAACUGGAACAUCAAGACAAUCAUCAUGAUAGCAUGGCAGGCAUGCAUUUUGAAAUCCACACGGAUGAGCAUGGCCAAAUUGUUAACAUUCAACAAACAUUAGACGGAAGUGGGGUUGUGCUUGCAGAUAUGAGUGACGCCAACAUUGGAGAUAUGACAAGAGUAAUUGAUGGGUCCCAGUUUCAUAUUUUGGAUAGUGUUACUGGAGUGGAUACUGUUAACAAAGUAGAUUCAAAUGGAUUUGUGACACUGGACAUUAGCGACAUUAUAAUGCCUCCUCCUAGCAACAGCAAAAAGGGCAAGGGUGGAAAGGGCAAGGCUGAUUCGUCGGGUCCGACUGCUCACACCUGCUCAGUAUGCGGCAAGGUGUUUUCUAAACCAAGCCAACUUCAGCGGCAUGUUAGGAUUCACACUGGGGAAAGACCUUUCCCUUGCACUCAGUGCUGGAAGGCAUUUAAUCAGAAAAAUGCACUGAAAGCUCACAUGAAGCGACACACAGGUGAGCGUCCCUACAAGUGCCCACACUGUGAUCAUGCUUUCACUCAAAGAGGAAAUUUAAAGACACACAUUGGAAGAGCACAUCCCCAUUCAACUGACGCUGUAAUACCAAAGAAGAGAAGUAAGAAGGUGGCAUCACUACCAAAGAGCAACAUACUUGAUGAUGUUACAUUCAGGCUUGAUCUAGAUGGUGUUGUAGGUGACUUAUUUCCGCAAAUGCAAAAUACAGCUGUUGCAGAGGCUGACUAA